CCACUACUUCCGGGUUCCGUCAUUCUCCCGCCGCCGCCGCUCAGCGCUGCCAGCGCAUUAUUACUGACAACACACUCACUCUGUAACCAACCAACCUCCCAACCUGCCACCUCCUCAAUACUUACUGACAGCCACUUAUUCAAACAAACAACAAAAAAAAGCUACGAAAGAAGCCGAAGCUGCCUUCCACCCACUUUCUCGCUGUUAUUUUUUUUCGUGUGUUGUUAACUCCUCGUGAACGUUUUUUUCAUCGCUGUUUUUUUACAGUGAGAUAGCGGUCCAAGGCAGCCAGAGUUGUUGCAACGGCAGAUCAUCAUUCAUUCAAUACCCUGACAACCCUGCUUUGAUUGACAGCUGGAGUGGCAAAAAGCCAUGAGAGACGACAGUUUUGUUACAAGCGGGCUGUUGACGGGCCGAUCGUAACCUUCAGUAAUUUUUUUUCCUGGCUUGAAUUUUUUUUUGCUUCUUCUUCAUCUGGAAAGAAAAAGAGGGGGAGAGAGAGAGAGCGCGAGAGAAAGAGAGAGUGAGAAAGAGAGAGAGAAAAAAAAGAGGCAAAGUUCCCCUCCUUCCUUUGGGCCGCUUUAAACUGCGAUAGUGUGGAGGAUAAAGCAGAAGUCGGAAACUGGAUUGGGAAAAAAAACAGGGAUCUCGUUGAGACUGAGAACUAAAGCGGACUGGGGGAUAUUACAGAGACGGCACAUCCAACAGUGUGGGAGCGCAGACUGAUGGCGCAAAGGUACGAUGAACUUCCUCAUUACGGUGGGAUGGACGGAGUUGGGGUACCGGCGUCCAUGUACGGAGACCCUCACGCCCCCCGGCCGAUCCCUCCAGUCCACCACCUCAACCACGGACCGCCGCUCCACAGCCAGCACUACGGCCCACAUACACCUCAUCCUAAUGUCAUGCCCACAAGCAUGGGCUCUGCUGUCAACGAUGCCCUAAAGAGGGAUAAAGAUGCAAUUUAUGGGCAUCCUUUAUUUCCUCUGUUAGCGCUGGUUUUUGAGAAAUGUGAGUUAGCGACCUGCACUCCACGAGAACCCGGCGUAGCAGGCGGUGACGUCUGCUCGUCUGACUCCUUUAACGAGGACAUAGCAGUAUUCGCAAAACAGGUCCGCGCAGAAAAACCACUAUUCUCUUCUAAUCCUGAACUGGAUAACUUGAUGAUUCAAGCUAUACAAGUGUUAAGGUUCCACCUCUUGGAGUUAGAAAAGGUUCACGAACUGUGUGAUAACUUCUGCCACCGGUACAUUAGUUGUUUAAAAGGGAAAAUGCCCAUAGAUUUAGUCAUCGACGAGCGAGAUGGAAGUUCCAAAUCUGACCACGAAGAGCUAUCCGGAUCAUCGACAAAUCUAGCAGAACAUAAUCCAUCAUCUUGGAACAGGGACCAUGAUGAUGCAACAUCAACGCACUCAGCUGGUACACCUGGACCCUCCAGUGGGGGCCAUGCUUCCCAGAGUGGGGACAACAGCAGUGAACAAGGUGAUGGGUUAGACAACAGUGUGGCCUCACCGGGCACAGGUGACGAUGAUGACCCGGAUAAGGAUAAAAAGCGACAGAAAAAAAGAGGCAUUUUCCCCAAAGUAGCGACAAAUAUUAUGAGGGCAUGGCUCUUCCAGCACCUCACGCAUCCGUACCCAUCAGAGGAGCAGAAGAAACAGUUAGCUCAAGACACAGGACUCACAAUCCUACAAGUGAACAACUGGUUUAUUAAUGCCAGGAGAAGAAUAGUCCAACCCAUGAUUGACCAGUCAAAUCGAGCAGGCAAGUCCCAAGUAGUAACUAUAUUCAAGUCCCGCAGGCACAAAUCCUCAACAAGUUAUUCUUCAGGAGUCCCUUCACCUGGUUUUCUUCUUGAUCCUUCAGUAAGCCAAGGAGCAGCGUACAGUCCAGAGGGCCAACCAAUGGGAAGUUUUGUAUUGGAUGGUCAGCAACAUAUGGGAAUUCGGCCUGCUGGUUUGCAAGGCAUGCCAGGGGACUAUGUAUCUCAGGGUGGUCCUAUGGGUAUGAGUAUGGCGCAGCCAAAUUACACUCCUCCCCAGAUGACCCCACACCCUGCCCAGUUAAGACACGGACCCCCAAUACAUUCCUAUCUCCCAAGUCACCCACAUCACCCGGCCAUGAUGAUGCAUGGAGGACCCCCGCCUCACCCUGGAAUGCCAAUGUCAGCACAAAGCCCCACAAUGUUAAAUCCUGUGGACCCCAAUGUUGGGGGACAGGUUAUGGAUAUCCACGCCCAAUAGUAUAAGGGAAAAAACGAGAAACAAAAAUGUAAGACUUUAAACUUUGAACAGAUGUUGACACUUAAUGGAAUUCCAGAUGAGCUGUGAUUUUGUUUUCACUCGACGCCAGCAGAGGACCAAUGGCAAGGCCAGGCAAAUGUGAAGCCAAAAGCUUUCUUCACAUGAAAUUAACUCCAAUGUAAAGUUCCUCUGGAAAAGGACUGAAAGAUUUAUUACUACUGUAGCAUAAAUAUAGGAACUAAGUUAACUUGUACAUUUCUGUUGAUCACUCUAUUUCUGUUGCUUCCAAUAGUUUUUAGAAAGAAAGUUAUCCUUUUUCCACACUAUGUGUGUUGUUCCCAAAAUGGUUGUCCUCGUACAGCAAAUGGAGCCACGUUUCAGACCAGAUUGCCCAGAUCCAGCCACCUUGCCAUAGAGGAAGGAGCUAAUAUGAAGAUCUGUGAGACUUCUUUGGAUGCAGCCAUAGGCGAAAGGUUUUGAGAAUGCACUAACAUACCUAAUUUUCUCUGGAACAAAUGUGGCCUGUCACAACAAAGCCUACUUGGUCCACCUGAAGGGCUUAUGUCUGAUCAUAUUCUGGAUUGACUCUUCUUCAAAGAGCUUGUUGAUGGAAACCUGAAGAUGAAUUAGCAGCUUCCUGCUAUGGCUGUGGGCCUCAGCAUUGAGAAAACGUUGUCACAAAAACAACUAAAAAUGCUCUUGGGCAGACUUUUCUUAAUGAAAUUUCCUUUUGCUGGUCUUGCACCAAAACAGACCUUUUUAAAUGAACUCAAACUGCUUGGAACAAGCAACGAUAAAAAAAAUACUGUAACAUACUUGGUACAGAGAGUUCAGUAUAUUAAUUGUUACAUGUUAGAUAUCUAUGUGUUUACCUCAAUGAGAAAUAACGAAUGUUUUGCUAGUAUCAAAUCUGCUGUGGAAUUGGUAUUGUAUGUCAAUGAAUUCCUUACUUUUAUCAGCACGUGUCACUAGAAGAAAAUGCUGUUUUCCUUGCGAGCUUUGUCAGAUUACAUAAAUACUUGUAUGAGGACUGUGACGUAUGUUUAAAAGGUGUUCAGUCACAAAAUGCCGUAAUAAAUAUUUCAUUUUUAGAUUUUUUUCUGUUUAAUAACACCUGUAAUGGCUUCAACUUUCUUGGGACAUAACAACAGACUCCUCCAGAAGUGUGUGCAGCUGAAGUUUUUGUUUCUGUUGUUGGAUAGUUCAGUCCUGUAAAGGUUCACAUGUAACCCACGGAUGUGAGGUUUUCUAUUUGAUCCCAGGCACUCUUGAGUGAUAUUUGAAAGGUGUGCUUGUUACUUCUUCUGAUGUGGCCAUUGUUUUCACGGAAAACAGGAGAAUUUUUUAAAUCUUUCUUUCUGUAGCAUGAGCAGAAAAGCAACUGGAAAUUCUAAGCUCAAUGAAAAGUAAGCUUGUGGAAUAUUUUACCAGCGUUUAGAGGGAAAAAAAGACAGGGUAACUUCUCUUACGAAGAAAAAAUUGUACAGCAUUUUCUACACAAACACACCGGGAGCAUACAAAAUCCGGCUGUUCGCGUGAAGAAUCUUUAUCAGUAGUUAUUGAGUUUUAAGUCGAAAUUGAAAAAUGGAACGAGCCACCAAAUUCAACUUUACAGAAUCUUUCUAUAUCUGCGUGUCGCGAUGUUUACAACUCUAGAGUCCCCCAGAAUUGUGUGUUUCACUGGUUAGUAAAGUCUUGAAAGUUCAUUUGAAGCAAGCCAACCUUGACACAGCUCUUUCUCCCCACUCAUCCAGUCCAUAACUCCCACCAAAGCGAGCGUGUAGAUCACUGUCGGCUGAUUACAGCCAGGAUUUCUGAUCCUCAAAAAUCCAGCAACCUGAAUUGCUCCAGAGAUUUUUGUUUGCAAAGUUAGGAUGGUGGCGGGACUGGGAAUGACAUAUUUAUAGAAAUGUGGAAAAUCAGAUCGGGCAGCAUUUGAAGUGAGUUAUAUUGUAUUUAAAACCCUGGAGGUUUCUUUUUUUUUGUUU